AUGAAUCCAUUUCUACCAUUCUUCCUUGCCUCUUUUUUGUUCUUCAUCUCACAUUCUCAAACUACUUUGAAUACUUCCUCUCAAUAUCGUUGCCUUCCUGACCAGAGAUCUGCUUUGCUGCAACUGAGGCAAGAAUUUGUUGAAAAGAGGACAACUUCUGAUUUCUAUGGUGUUUCUUUUUAUCCAAAAAUGAAGUCUUGGAAGGCAGAUACUGAUUGUUGUUCCUGGGAUGGGGUAGUAUGUAAUGCCGAAAAUGGUCACGUCAUAGACUUAGAUCUGAGCAACAGUGGGCUUUGUGGGCCUCUCAAGUCUAACAGCAGCCUCUUCAGCCUACAUCAACUUCAGAAACUCAACCUUGCCCUCAACAACUUCAAUUCCUCCACAAUCCCGUCUGAGUUUGGCCAGCUUGUAAGGUUGACUCACCUCAACCUCUCCUUUUCCUCCUUAACCGGCCAAAUACCGUCGGAAAUUUCAUGGCUGUCCAAUUUGGUUUCACUUGAUCUCAAUUUCAAUUCGGUUGUUGAUGUUGAUCAUCUUCAAACUCUGUAUCUCAGAAGAAUUGAUUUUGAGGCACUUGUCCAGAACAUGACAAAUCUGAGAGAACUUCAACUAGCCUCUGUGAACAUUUCAUCCUCAGUACCUCAAUCCCUGGUAAAUUUAUCUUCUUUGACAUCUCUUUCUCUUUCUGGCUGCAGUUUGCAUGGGCAAUUUCCCACAAAUAUUUUCCUGAUGCCCAAGCUGCAAACCAUUGAUCUAUCAUCCAACGACCUUCUCACUGGCUUUCUACCGGAAUUUCAUUCUGGCAGCUCCUUGGAGAAAUUGGAUCUUUCUUAUACAACAUUUUCCGGGGAAAUUCCAAAUGCAAUAGGCAACCUCAAGUCGUUGAAUAUUUUGGAUCUCAAAAAAUGUAACUUGUCAGGGGAAGUUCCCCUUGCGAUCUGGAAUCUGACUCGGCUUUCUUCUCUUUCUCUCGCAGGCAACAAUUUUCACGGUCAACUUCCUUCCACAUUGGGAAACCUCGCAAAUCUCACUAAUCUAUCUCUUGACAGUAACCUUUUCCAUGGGGAAAUACCAUCUUCACUAGGAAACCUUACACAACUAGAAUAUAUAUCCCUUUCUAAUAACAGUUUUGAUGGCAAGUUACCUGUUUCACUAACAAAUCUCACUCAACUCCAACAAAUAGAUCUCUCCCAAAACCAGUUGAUAGGUCCAAUCCCGUUUGAAAUGGGCAGACUUUCCCAGUUAACUUCCAUCUCCUUAAGUUUUAACUCACUCACUGGGAUCAUCCCGUCAUCUUUGUUUACAAUGACUUCAUUGGCUGAACUAUAUCUAUACCAAAAUCGAUUGACUGGCCCUCUCAAAUUUCAAAAUAUAUCUUCAUCCCAAUUAUGGAAGAUCGGCUUAAGUUCUAACUCAAUCACUGGGACCAUCCCGUCAUCUUUGUUUACAAUGACUUCUUUGACUUUCCUAGAUCUAUCCCAAAAUCAAUUGACUGGCCCUCUCAAAUUUCAAAAUAUCUCUUCAUCCCAAUUUGAUUCCAUCUACUUAAGUUCUAACUCACUCACUGGGACCAUCCCGUCUUCUUUGUUUACAAUGACUUCUUUGACUGACCUAGAUCUAUCCCAAAAUCAAUUGACUGGCCCUCUCAAAUUUCAAAAUAUCUCUUCAUCCCAAUUAGAAUUCUUGGAUAUGAGCAAAAAUAAAUUAUAUGGACCAAUUCCAAGGUCAAUCUCUAAUUUCCCUCAUCUGCAAUAUCUAGAUCUUUCUUCCAUCAACCUUAAGGACAUGUUGGAGUUAGACAUUUUUUUCGAGCUUAAAAGAAUUAAAGCUCUCAUUCUUUCAGGUAACAAUUUGUUAAUUUCAAAAGGAAAGAUCAAUUCCACCCUCCCAAAAUUCGAAACUUUGGGGUUGUCUUCUUGCAACUUAAGUGAAUUUCCGAUUUUUCUAAAAGUUCAAAAUGAAUUAACGUAUCUAGACCUUUCUGAUAACAAAAUUGAAGGCAAAGUCCCCAAAUGGUUCUUGAAUGUUGGGAAGGAGGCAUUGCAAUCACCUUGGAAAAAUCUGGAAUAUUUAGACUUGCGUUCCAACAUGUUUCAAGGCUUGCUUCCAAUUCCCCCAUUGUCUACAAAAUAUUUUUUUGCCUCAAACAACAAUUUGACUGGAAGAAUCCCUCCAAUGAUUUGCAUGCUAAAAGCUCUCGAAAUCCUUGACUUGUCUAACAACCAGUUGAUUGAUCAAAUUCCACAUUGUUUAGGUAACUUCAGCAGCUCCCUUUCAGUAUUGAAUAUGAGAAACAACAGCUUCCAAGGAAAAUUACCUGGAACAUUCACAAAGGGAAGCAAUUUGAAGACGCUAGACUUGAGUCUCAACCAAAUAAAAGGGAAGAUUCCACAGUCAUUGGUAAAUUGUAGAAUGCUUGAGGUUCUAAAUCUUGGAAAUAACAACUUGAGUGACAUCUUCCCCUUUUGGUUGGAAUCUUUGCCAGAAUUGCGAAUUCUUAUCUUGCGAGCAAAUGGAUUCCAUGGUUCUAUCCAGAGUCCUCAUACCAAUUUUGGCUUUUCCAAGUUGCAUGUUAUUGAUCUCUCUCACAACAAUUUCUCUGGCAUGUUACCAUCGAAGUACUUCAACACCUAG